AUGCGCAAGGCCUCCUACCUGCACAUCCUCCUCCUCCCGGCCCUCCUCCUCCUUUUUCUGGAGAUCCCAGGCCCCGUCCUCUACCCAAAGCGUCUCUACCCCGCCGACACCCUCCCCCCCGCCUCGCAUCUCCCCACAGACUACCCGCCCCUGGCCCCGCUCACGCGCGUCAUCGCCCCCGACCAUCCCAUCCUGCCGGGCGUCUCUAUCGUCGCGUGCUGCAUGAACCGCCACGAAACCCUGCGCACCGUGCUUGCCCGAUGGCGCGCCGUCGCAAACGUCUCAGAGAUCAUCGUCGUCGACUGGUCCAGCAACCCCCCGCUGCGCGAUGUCGUCGAGCAUGUCGCCGAUGGCGACCCCCGCGUCAGGUUGAUACGCGUCGACGGAGAGGACCAGUGGAUCCUUUCCCGCGCCUACAACCUCGCCGUCCGCGCCACCUCUUUUGACAAGAUCCUCAGAACCGAUUGCGAUUACUCCAUUGGAAAUCAAUUUGUCCAAGUCCAUGACUUGACCGAUCAUCGCGAUGACCCUAUCCUGCGUCAGUCCGCAUUAAACCCGCAUCAUCCCGAUGCUGCCCUGACCGCCGCUGCCCGCAAGCUUGCGAGCCCCAAGUUCUACGCGGGAAACUAUCAGCACGCCCGAAACGAAAACGAAAUCCACCUCAACGGUGCCGUGUACAUCAAGCGUGCAGACUUCCUUCGCAUCGGCGGAUAUGACGAGCGCAUACAGACGUACGGCUGGGAUGAUGAGGACCUCUACGGCCGCCUUGUAGAAGCCGGUCUGCAGAAGCAGGAUAUCAACUACGACCACGUCAGCCACGUGCCGCAUGGCGAUACCUCGAGAGCCCAGAAAGACGUCAAAUUUGUCCAGGUUGAGAUUGACCUCAACUCACUUCUUCUCAAGCACCUCCCCAAGUGGAACAGCUCCGCCGUUGAUUUUCAUGAAUGGCAACUGUCCGAUUAUGCACCUCACACGGAUAGCUACGCUGUGCUCACCGCUGUCACCAAACCGCGCUCCUUGAAGGACCUUGUCGCCCCAGCCAACAUCAAGAGCGCCUGGAACAUGGCCCUGGGUCAGCGACUUGCCAACGACUACCAGGUCCCAUGGGAUAUCAUGGAGACCAUGGAUGUCGCUUCGAAACGAUCCUUGCUUGUACGCUUGAACCAACGCAUGGAGCACCGGGCCCCGUCCCAGCCUGCGAGAAUUUUAUUCGCCCAUUGCAUGCACGGACUCGGGAAUCGCCUUCGCGCACUCGGCUCAGCCAUGUCUUUUGCAAAUCAAACAGAUAGGGAAUUGGUUAUUAUCUGGGAAACAGAUGCCCACAUCGCCGCCAACUUCACCGACCUUUUUAGUGACAAUCUUGUCGUGGUGACGCACUUCAAGCCGACGUGGCCUUUCCUUGGAUACGAUAAGUGGGACAAGGCCUGGCUCAACUUUGAGUUUUUCAAUUACAUGGAAAUGGAGGGUCAAGGGGCUAUUAAGGGACAGCAAAUCGUCGACAAACCGGACAAGCAUUUUUAUUUCAAAAGCGCGUACGUCAUGGAGGCAGAUGCGCAGCUGACCAACUGGGAUAAAGACAACGACAUGCUGAAAAGUCUCACGCCUGUUUCAGAGGUUACGGAAAUGAUAAAGCAACAUGAGAACAAAGGGCUGGAACGGAUGGUUGGAAUUCAUAUUAGAGACCGGACUCUUGAUCGCGACAUCAAAAACGUGAAUUUUGGGACUGAAUACGGCGAUGCGGCCUCCAAAGAAAUGGAGUACUGGCGACGAAAAAGUUCGUAUAAGACAUUCAUGGUCGAAAUGCAUGAAAUGCUGAAAAGGGAUCCGUCCUUGCGGUUUUAUGUCGCAACAGACACCAUGGACGUCAUCCCAAAACUCGAAACGGAGUUUCCUGGAAAAAUUGUUUCAACAAGUAGGAACUGUGAUGACCGCGAUGGUCACUGCGUUCGGUUUGCACUCGUCGACAUCAUUUGCCUAUCCCGAACAAAAGAACUAAUUGGUUCAAAUUGGAGUUCAUUUACAGAGGCCGCCUCCCGCAUGGGCGGCAAGAAGCCGCGCCUCGCUGGGCAGGACUUUGCUGUCGAUGCAAGCAGAAGUGUAUAG